AAAUCACUUUCCUUAAUAGAAAUCUCUUUCUCUCUUUAUGUUGGUGUGUAAGUCUGUGUGCCUGUGCCAGUGAGCAUUAUUGAAUGUCUACGUGUCUACCUGCAAGUAUUUAUAAAGCAUAUCACUGGGCGUUUAUGCCCUUUCUCCUAGGGAAACCUCUAGGUAAUUACCGUUUCUUAUGUUGGCACAGCAGUGGUCAAGGAAGACCUUCUGAGUCAAUGGUUAACAAGCAGACUUGGUCCUCUCUCCAAUCAGCUCUAUUCCUGGGUCUUCAGGAAAUGGGGCAAAAUAAUUAGGGUGGAACCAGACUCUCCCAGGGUCAAACUUGGUUCCAGGGCAGUGAAAACACCUAGAGACAAAGCUAUAAGGGACAGUGACAGAUUAAGCAGCAUACUCUCUCUGCAAGGAGCAUGUACUCAAGCUGACAUGGAUACCAUCUUGGUUUUCAGCCUAAUCAUUACAUCCUAUGAUGCCAACAAGAAAGAAUUCAGAGAUAGCAGUUGCCAAGUGGAACAGCUCCCUGGGCUCUUUCCAAAGGGUGUGAGAAGCAUCAAGGAUGUGCUAAUGCCAGAAGCUCAGGCAGAAGCCAGCAGGUCCACCUUCAUCCAAAAUCUGACUGUGGCUACCCUGCAGUGCCUUGGCUCUGGGAGUGAAGUAAAAGUGAACCUUGUAUAUUCAGAGAAAAGGCCAAAGGUCAAGCAUGCGCUAAAGAACCUGAGAGUCAUUGCUGCUCCCCACAGAAACAACACUGCUUUCCCAAGCUGUCACCUAACCCCCACAUCCAAGUUUCAUAAUGGUUCUCUUCUAACUGGCAAAGCUUUUUUACCAGGGAUCUUCCAAUGUAAGGUCUAUCCAGUGAUGGUGGCUUCGUCAGAGAUUUUUCGCACCACUACCACCUCCAUAACUCCAGCGAAUAAAAAAGGAGAGAUAACUACAAGUAUUGACACAGAUGAAAACCUAGAGAAGAGGAAGAAAUGGAGCACUGUGGUCAAAUUUCUGAUUGCUAUCACUCUGUUGCUCAGUGCAAUUGCCAUUACAGUGUUUGUCAUUUUUGGAGUCCCAUGUCCUUGUCAAUGCCUGAGAGCCAGAGAGCUAUGCCAGUGCCGGGGACUGUGGAAAAGGCAAAGGACGGGAGGUCAGCAACCUGAGGCAGCCGAAUCCCAGCCUGACUCUCAGCCAGUGAAGGAAAGUGUUGGAGAAAAUGCUCCCAACGCAAGCUCAAAGCAAGUUGCCGGGAUCACUGUUCUCCACCAGACAUACUUCUGAAAAGUUCUGCUCUGCUUCACAUACCGCGUGGCGGGUACGACGCUGCCCUCUCCCUGUUAUUAAUCACGAUGGGCAGAUUCUUGCCAGUUCUACACUCACAUCUUCAGCAGGAACAUUACAAUCGAACAGUAAUGCCAGGUAGAGCCUGGGCUUAGCAAUCAGUUACCCUCAUGCCACUGGUGCUGACUGAGUCACAAGUCUCUGAGAUUCGCUUUGUACUUCCACAAAAAAUGGGUAUCUUCUCAUCCUGUCUAAUGAAAACAGAAAGUCUUCCCUCUGGGCACUGUGAAUGGACCGACUGACAAAAGGUUUAAACACAGCCUCCAAAGAAAGGGUCAGAGCAGCCACAAGGGUGGCACAGUUCACCAACUCCUGUCAUCUUCAUGGCUGACUUCACGCUCACUGGCUGUCAGCUGGCUUAGGGAGGUGGUCCUGUGUCCCCAAGGCUGACAGCCGUCGGGUUUAUGAUUUCCCUCUGCCACCACAAGCAGCAUGAGCACGCUGGUGGAGGGAAUGGGAAUGUAAGCAUGCCAAAUGUCCUCCUCAAGAAGCCCCGAGGGGCUCAGAGGCUGCAGAUCAACAGGACCCAGGUGAGGUCUCCAGACAGGAUUGGGUCUGACAUAUCCCACCACAGAGCGAGCAGCGAGCACUCUGAACAAGGACACCAGAGUAAAAUGAUUAUCAUGAUCUUCCUCAUGGAGGCACAGCUCUUAGUAAAGUCUGACCUGCUGAAGUAAGAGUUUGGUAGGAAAGUGGAAAGAGCUGAUGCUAAAGGAGGGUUUAGGUAAGAAAGGGAACAGUGGAGGGAUAAAAUUGUCAUCCUGCCUCCUUUCAUAAGGGGCUGAAGCCAUUCCAUUGUCUGUGGUAAAACAUGCCUGUUUCUAACUAACUGUUUUCUUAGUUCUCUGGUAAAAACCAUACACAAACCGUAGCUGUCUUUCUUUCACUUCAAGUACUGUCUAAAAAAGAGUGAUCCUCAAAACUGUACCAGCAUAAGCCCUGAAUUAAUUUUCAAGCUGAGCCUGAAAGAGAUGGAACAGAGAGAAAGCAUGGGUGAUGGCAGUUUUCAAGGAAGCCCUGGAGACCCUCUAGGCGUCCUAAAGCCCCACAGAGCCUUGAAGAGGACAGAGCACUGGGGCUUGCAUUUGGAUGAAUGAGUAUAUUACCUGCACCCUUCCACCGAUUCACAUCACUCCCCUUCAUCCUGCCACCUGUGGUUCAGUCUGACCAUGAAAUGGGGGGCGGGAGGCUUGUUCCUUCCCAAGACCAAGAGGGAGGGUGAUUAAAAGCAUUCUAUGCUUAGGGUCUAGGACGGAUGCCUACAUUCAUAGCCCCCAUUCCCAGCCUCAUCCACCACAGAAUGUCCUUUAAUCAAGAAACAUGAGAUUUUUCAGGACAUGAAACCUGGCGCAAAGUCUACAUUCAUUAAUGCUUCUGUAAGAGUAUAAUUUGGAUAACAUUUAUAGUUACUUUCUUUACAGAAAUUCACUGAUGGGAUCAAAAUCAUUUAUUUUGCUUUGGGGACAACUUGUUUCCCCUGACAAAGCAAGGUCCCUCUGAGGAUUUUCUGACUCCCUAAUCAGUUAAUCAUUUUGAAUCCCAUACGCUUUUAACAGUGGAGAUCUUUGAAAACUAAGAGAUGGAUGGGAGAGAUAGCAGAGGGGAAGGGAGAAUUCCCAUGUGGAGUUCGGGAUGGGCACCUCAGUCUGCAGAUCACUUCACAGCAGGACACAAUUCUCCCUGUCACCACUACAGAGUAAGUUAUAGUCUCAACUUGAUAAAACACUGUUUCUAUGGAGUGCCAACUAUUCCUCUGAGGAGUAGUUGGCAAGGUUUUUAUUGCAAAGUCUUUCUCAUUAAGUUACCACCCUAUGUUUUUCAAUUAUUAAAGCACAUUCUCAUUAUAACAAUUUUUAGAAAAUACUGGAAAAGUUAAAGAAUAAAAGAAAAAAAUAUACCUAAUCCUUUCUCCCAGAGACAACCACUGUUAACACUUUGAUGCACCACUUUAUAGACAUUAUAACUACAUAUCCUUAUACAUAAAAAUACACAUAUGUU